UAUCAGGAAUAUGGUUCUAUAGGCCAUUAAAGCUGAAACCCCCCCAUUUUUUUUGCUGUCUUUUUCUCUCUUUUUCCCAUAUGAGGAACUGUAAAAGUUUGAUGCCAUUGAAGCCUGUGACUUUCUUUGGAUCUAUCCCAUUUUAGCUACAGAAAAAAAGAAGAGGUCUUGCUACAGGUUUUCCUCUUUUGUCCUAGUUCAAGUUUCUUGUGUCACCCCAUUUUAGAUUUUCUUUUCAAAAACUCAGUUGGAGGGUUUUGAAACUGAGGUAAGUGCUUAUGGCAGAUUGGUGUGGUGUCAUGGGCAAGGGAAGUGGUAGAGUUGGUGGCUAUGGCACUAGGAGAUCAAUGAGAGAUGAAGAUUUUGAAGAAGAAGAUGUUUGGUCAGUCAUGAAGGAGAUUGGAGAUUCAAGUUCUAACUCCAAGUACCCCUCUUCAGGUUCUUCUUCUUCUCCUUCUCCUGCAUGGCAUAUCCCUACUACUGCUCCAAGAAUGAUUCCAUCAACAAAGCCAUCUCCAACAAACCAUGGAGGCAAAGUAGUUCAACAACAGUCAUCAGCUCCUAUGAACAUCCCUGAUUGGUCAAAAAUUUACGGGAAAAGCUCAAGGAAUAUGGGCUCAUGGGCUGAUCAUAACGGUACUGCAUAUGAUGAUGGAGAUUAUCAUAUCAAUGAUGAUGAGGGUGGUGAUGAUGACAUAGUGCCUCCACAUGAGUGGUUAGCUAGGAAGCUUGCAAGGAGUCAAAUCUCUUCCUUCUCUGUGUGUGAAGGGAUUGGAAGGACACUCAAGGGGAGAGAUCUCAGUAAAGUAAGGAACGCUAUUCUGACAAAAACUGGCUUUCUAGAAUAGUGAAAAAGUUCUUCAACCACUAUUCGAAACCAAGCUUACUGUCGUCUCCUCCUACUCCUAAUUAAUUAAUCAUCAUUAUUAUC